AGCCGCUGCUGCCCGGUCCGCGUGAGAGGGGAGGGGAUUUCCUCCUCCCUCCCCUUCUCCUCCCCACAGGCGGCGGGGCAGCUUAGCUGAGAGCGGGACGACAAAUCCCUCGACGCGCGGAGGCAGGACAGCUGCUGGGCCCCGAGGAGCCCCGCACGUCGCGCAGGGUUGCCCGGAGAGGAGCAGAGCGAGGGCAGGAUGCGGCUGCUGGCUCCUCCGCUUCCCAGGGCCGAGGAGUGCGCUUUGUUGGCGGCGCUUCUGAAGGCGCGCUUUGCUGCUGCUGCUGCUGCUUCUCCUCCUCUUCUUCCCGGCCGGCGGCUGCGGUAGCUGCGCGCGUGUGGCGCUGCUUGAAGGCUCGGCUGGGCAGGUCCUGCCCUGUGACGCGGGCUCCUCCUCCUCCUCCUCGCGUCCCGCUCGCUGCUGGCUCCUCGCUCGGGCGACUUCUCUCUCGCGCCCUUCGCUGCUGAGGGAGGCGAAUGUCCUUCGCGAGCCCUUCCGUCGCCAGGGCGCCUCGGCCGGAGCCGCUGCUCGCUCUCGCCCCUCAGGAGAGGGGAUUCUUCGUUGUGGGCGGGCGGCAGCGCGGAAGAGCCCGAUGCCUUGAUGCUCGCGGGGAGGCGGGGAGGGAUCCUGCUGCUGCCAUGUGAGGAGGCUUCCCCCGCCGCUCGCCUAAUUAUGGUCAGUCAUGUCUUGGCUGGCUUACUGGCUGGGCGAGCUGCAGCGCCUCUCGCUGCUCUCCUUGUUCGCGGCCGCCUUGACCGUGCUCGCCGUCUACCUGGUGCAGUGGGGCCUGGGCGCUCUGCGGCAAGGCGCGAGGAGGAAGCCCUCGCCGACGCCUGAACUUCUUCUGCCCGAGGACGAGGGUCCCCUCUUCGCCUGGCUGCUGUCUCUCAGCAGCUGGAGGAGCCAGUGGCAGAAAGCCUGGAUAGCGGCGCUUAACCGGGAAGCCAAAGCAAGGGAGGACUCCCGCUUGUUUACAUUUGAAGAACAUGCAGCUCCUCAGCCUCUGGAGCUUGUGGUACAACAUGUUGUAAGUGUGGUAAAGUCUGCUGAUGAAAAGGUGGUCUCUUGUAAUGUAAUUGGAAAUGCCUUUCAUUUUAUUGUCAGUAUGCCCAAUCCUUCUUCUGUUUCUUCAUCUGUUACUUCGGAAUGUCAGUCUUACAGUGUAAAGCUGUCUCCACUUCAUUUGCAGCUGAAACUUUCAAUGAAAUCCAAAGAGGAAGACAUUCAGGUCAAGUGGUCUUUCAGCUGGACCUCAGAAACAAACACUGAAAUUAAGCCUACUAAAGUACAGGAGGACCAGACAGCUGGGGCCUGUGCAGUAUCAGAAACACUUAAAGGUGUGCUGCGGUAUCUCAUAAAUUCAGCAUCUCCCUCUGUGAUUCUGAGUACAAAACCUACAGAUGUAAAGGCAUUGCAGAAUGUACAAAAAACAGGUGUUGUGCCUCAGGGCACCAGUCCUCCUAAACCUCCAAGGGCUCAUGAACUAAAACUGAUGAUGAAAAGCAUCAAAGCUACACUGACCAAUCAAAGCACUGCGGGUGGAAUUAGCCCGAUAUGUGUAAUUCAGCUCAAUGACCCUUUGCAGAAGUUUUCAAGUUCUGCAGCCAAUAGUCCCAUGGACUUCUCUUGGAAAGAUGAAUUCAUCUUUGAAUUAAAUGCCAAAUCAAAAGAACUGCAAGUAAAGAUUGUAGAAAAAGAGGGACUGGAUAGUGGUUUCUCAGCUCUGGCUGCUGUACCUUUGGACUUGUUCAGGAGACAGCCUUCUGGACACAAAGGUUUUGCACUGAACAGUCAGCUCGGCAGUAGUAGCUCUACUGUAGGAUCCAUUACUGCAGAGUUCUUAUACAUAGAACCUUCAGAGUCUAGAACCUUGCAAGUUCCCCCCAAGAUUCCUGUUGCAAAAGUAGAGACAGAUCGAACUGUGAUGCCCUGUGGGACUGUGAUCACUACUGUUACUGCUGUGAAAGCCAAGCCUUUAAUAGAAGGGAGACCAUCUAUUCUGCAUUCAGAUUCACCAAUGCGAAGUCCUGUUAGAACAAAGGUGAUUGAAAAGGAUUUGUCUGUUCAGGCAAUCCAUUGCCGAAAUACUUCUUCAGUAAGCAAGGCUUUAUCAUCAUCAGAUACAGAGCUGCUGGUGUUGAAUGGCACAGAUCCUGUGGCUGAGGUAGCCAUUCGGCAACUAAGUGAAUCUGCAAAGCAAAAACUCAAGUCUCCCAGGAAGAAAAGCACAAUCAUAAUAUCAGGGGUGUCAAAGACUAAUUUAUCUCAGGAUACUGAAGCUGCACUCAUGAUGGACUAUGCGGCAACCAUGGAUGGCUCCUAUAAGCAAGAUGAGUCUUUCAGUGUAGAAGGGUCUCUUGCACAGUCUCCUUCCAAUGAAAAACUCUCACUGUAUGUAUCCCAAACAAUACCCGCCCAUGAAGAUCCCCAGGAAAAUAGCCAUGAUGCCUGGACUUUAGAUGACAGUAGCGAGCAAUGGCAGAGCAAUGCACUACUAGACCAAGACUGUGAUAAGAUGUCUGGGAGCUCCAUAAGCAUCUCGGAACCUGGAACUGUGAAGAAAUCCAAAGGUGGGCUAUUAAAAAAGAGUGCAAAGCUAUUUUUCCUCCGACGGCACCAUCAAAAAGACCCAGGAAUGAGCCAGUCACAUAAUGACCUCAUCUACCUAGAGCAACCCACAUUGGAUGGUACUCGAAAAAAAGGGGGGACUUUAACACGCAUUUUGAACAAGAAAAUUCUCUUCAAAAGCAAGAGCAAGAGCAAACUGAACGGCACAUCAGUUGAACCGUAUGCAUAGAGCCUGGUAGUACAUGCCAAAUGUAUAUGACCUGCACAUGAGCAACUGUUUACAGAAAUAUAAACUAUUAUAUGCUUACUGAGAUUCACUAAUGCUGUGGUCCAUGGAAAAGGCUGGGCAGCAAAGCAGGGACAUGGUAUUGGUUAGAAGACUUAUGGCUAUUUUACAGAGCCAGUGUGGUGUAGUGGUUAAGAGCGGUAGACUCGUAAUCUGGGGAACCGGGUUCGCGUCUCCGCUCCUCCACAUGCAGCUGCUGGGUGACCUUGGGCUAGUCACACUUCUCUGAAGUCUCUCAGCCCCACUCACCUCACAGAGUGUUUGUUGUGGGGGAGGAAGGGAAAGGAGAAUGUUAGCCACUUUGAGACUCCUUCGGGUAGUGAUAAAGCGGGAUAUCAAAUCCAAACAACAACUCCUCCUCCUCCUCCUCCUCCUCCUCCUCCUCCUCCUCCUCCUCUUCUUCUUCUUCUUCUUCUUCUUCUUCUUCUUCUUCUUCUUCUUCUUCUUCUUCUUCUUCUUCUUCUUCUUCUUCUUCUUCUUCUUCCUUGGAAGUAAGUGCAUUGAAAUCAGCAUGCCUUAGUUCAAAAACACUUCUUUUUAGAUAUCAGGCUUAAAAUACAGUACCAGGGAGCUUUGGUGGACAAUUGUCUGCAUGAAUGUAUGUUAAUAGUGGCAUAUAAUGGUUGUGCUUUAAAGAAAAUGCAAUGAAGAGUAGCAAUACAAAUUUUAAACAGGGUAUCGAGCUGUAGAAGUGGAAAGAGCAAAGAAACCCUGAUCCAGAUGUUCUGAAGUGGAAUACGUGCAUUUGCAAAGCAAUCCAGUAUAUAAUUACAGUGGUACCUCAACAUCCGAACGCUUUGACUUCUGAAGGUUUCGACUCCCGAAGUCGACAACCCCAGAAGUCUUUUCGUGAAACCGCGCUUCGCGCAUGCACACAAGCGGCGCUUCGACAUCCGAAAACCUCGACUUACGAAGAUGGCCACGGAACGGAUCAUCUUCGUAAGUCGAGGUACCACUGUACUCGGAAGUGAUUCCUGCAGUAUGCAGAGCAGCUUAAUCCCAGGUGCAGAGAAUUGCAGCCUCAGAAUGUUACUGGAAGGAGAAAUGAAAUACUGAGUGGGGUAGCCUGAUGGAAUAAUAAUUGCUAAAGCUGUGUAAAUUAGACUUGCUUUUGAUAUAGUAGCCAUACAAACUUGUAAUUUAUGCAAUUAUUAUGACUCUUAAUUUUAAUAUGUGCAUAUAUUAUGAAAAAAACAUUUUAUUUUUAAGAUGGUAUGCUGAUAAAUGACUUUUAAAUUAUCUGUUAUCCUUUGAGAGAUCUGCAUUGCCAGUGCAACACUGUAGUUCGGGGAGCCCACCAUUUGUUAAACAAAUGUACCCCAUCAUAACAAAAGUAAUGACUGACAAUACAGUAUGUUUAGUCUUU